UCAUGGGAUUAUCUAAUAUAUUUACGGGUACAGCUGUCAACAAUUAUGUUGCGAUACACGUAUUAAUUUCUGUUAGAAAUCCCUGAUUUUUUAAGUUUCAUUUUUCCAAAAACGAAGCUACACCACUUGCUUGGUGUCGUAUUCAGGGAAACGAAACGUCAGUUGACGCUACUAUAAAAGCAGGCGUAAAAACCGCCAAAACUGCACAAGGUGCAAAGUGCUCCUCACCAGUAGACGGAUAAUUAAAUGAUCCAUUAUUUAUACUGAUACAACAGUCGAUCGCGAAUUAUGCCGUAACCUAUGCGCUUAUUUCUGAAUAUCAUCCCUGAUAAUGAAGAAAAACUGCGAUUUUCAAGGAGCGAAUUUGGCACGAACCCGUGACCUGCGGAACAAAAAGUUUAGUUACUGUACAGUUACUCAGUUUAUUCACGAAUAACUGCCUCAUGGAUUGUUAGGUGCUCAGGGCCAGUAUAUAACCGACCCAGCAUAAGAAGCAAAAGCAGUUUUCUCUGUUCUAGCAGGUCGUGAUGGAGUUUCCUCGGAGCAGCGAGUCACCUGAAGAAGAGGACAACUUUUGCAAACUCCCCCAACCACAAGACCUUACAGUCGACAAUGUAACCUCCGACUCUGUGACUCUGAGCUGGGAGAUACCAGUGGAGAUGCUGGGCCACCCAGAGCAGUAUAUGGUUACCUGGGACUUCAAAGGGAUGAAGAAACACCUCAAGGUGAAAGACAGGAGUGUGACCAUAGAGAACCUGUCUCCAGGCAGGAAGCAUAUAUUCAGUGUGGUCACCAUUGGGACCGAUGGCAGCCAGAGCGAGUGUGCGUUUGCUCGUGUGUGUACAGAACCUUCUCCACCGCUGAGCUUAAAGGCAGAGGAAGUGAGGAGCACUUCGGUGACACUUGGCUGGCAGAGGCCGGCCGGCAUGGAAGAUCUCAGUUUUCAGUACAUCAUCACCUAUGGCUGUGUUGGAGAGCAGCCAAAAUCAGUGGAACUGGGAUCCAGUGCCAAGACAGCCAUUCUGUGGGAUCUGAAUCCUGGGACAGAGUACAGCUUUAUCAUGGGUACAGUGCUUCAGACAGGAGGCCGAAGCAGAGAAAAGUCAACAUGUGUGUCCACAAAAACAUUACAGGGUGAGCUGAUAUAUGACCUGGGACUUGAAAGUUACCUGAAGGAAAAACUUACCCUUAGCACUGUGCUGGAAAUCACCAGUGAGACUGUGAGCGAUAAGCCCGUCCAGUCCGUCAGAUCUCUGCCGUGGUAUUUUCUGAGGAAGCUCAUGAUGGUGAACGUGACUGCUAGGAGUGGGAUGUGCACGAGCAAUGAUGACACAGCUCUCCAGAGCCUGGACAGCUUCCUGGAGGACCUGGGAGACCUACAGGGUCAUAGCAAUAGAGUCAACCCCCUUGAUGUUAUCACAGCUCUUUUCCUGUGUUCAGACGGUUUCCUUCAACAGGAAAUGACCUUGAAGAUGUCCAUGUGCCACUAUGCUGUGCCGCUUCUGCUUCCUAGUUCUGACAGACACCAGUGCAUGUUGAUGCUUUGGGCUAUGAGGGACAUUGUAAAGAAGUUCAGGCCACAUUCCCUGAAGGACCCAAAAGGAUUCAUAGAGAACAGCAUUGUGCUUACAAAUAUGCCCAUGGUAUCUUUUGUCAGACUAGGCAGCAGUAGCUUGAGAAAAUCUCAGAUCUUGAACCAAGUUCUAAGCAACCCUCAGCAGUAUCAUGACACUUUUGUUCAUGACAACAUGGUAUGUGGUGAUACCAAAAGGAGGAUUUCUAAUGGCCUGGUGGAAAUUAGCUGGUAUCUGCCCUGUGGGAACGAGAACAUUGACGUCUUUCCCGAACCUAUUGCUGUAUCCAACUUGCAUGGAGACAUAAGUUCCUUUUAUACUGAAUUUUUUUUCCUGUGUCAAACAUCUGCAGCAGUCUUUGUAUUCUGCGAUGACUUUAGUCAUGGGUGUGAGGUGCUCCAUCACCAGGAUAUUAGGUCUCAGUUAUUCUUAGUCAGCAAUUCACAGGCCAGCAGCUUCAAUGUGGAGAACUUUAAAGCACAGAUGUCCAAACUCCAGCUUCAGCCAAAGAACAUCCUCAUGAAGCGCCCAGGAAUGAAUGAUGCGGAAUUUGUUAACAAGCUGCGAACGACUGUGAGUAAGCUAUUGAAGGAAAAUCCACUGAAAAUGAAUAUUGUAGACAUGUCAGGUGUUGCACAUGAGUUAGGAAUCCCAGUAGAUGAAGAUUGCACCCAGUGUCAAAAUGGAAAGAAGAUGGCGGAGAUGAUGACAUCAGCAAUAACUGACAUACCAGAUUUCAAGGAAAAACAACUUCCUUUGCAAGGAGAAAUCUGGAAAGAACUUACUAAACUGGAGAAGGAGGAAUGUAGGCUGAAAAAAGCUGGGAAUAUAGACCUUGAGAAGUAUAAGGAUGAAUUGUUGGAAAAGAAACGGAACCUGAGGGAGCAGCAGAGGGCUCUCGAUAUGUCUGCUGCCAUGUCACAUUUUAUUUAUGCAAUUUCAAGCUCCAGAGAGGACCGGCCCUAUUUCCUCAAAUGGAUGAGGAUCAACUUGGACACCAUAUCACGAGAGAACUUAUCACACCUCCGAGAGGAAUAUAAGGAAAAGUGCCUUAAUUCUUCUGAAGAUAAGGAACUCAUUGCUAAAUUGGACAGGCAGAUUUCCAGCAGCUCUUUAGGGGUUGAACACUUCCUGCGAGAGAUGGGCCAGCUGUACGAAUCUGCCAGCUCUCUUCCUGAAAACGAUCUAGCUCGACAACAGAUGCAAAAGUUGCCAAGACUGUGUGCUGAAAUGCUACUGGAUGGUUUUCCACUGGAGCUAGUAGAUGGGGAUGCGUCAAACAUUCCCCUUCAGUGGGUGUCGGCUGUGAUGCAAGCUUUGCAGCAUCUGACAGGCUCAAAAAAUAAGAUCCGAGUGGUGACAGUGCUGGGGGUCCAAAGUACUGGGAAGUCCACUCUGCUGAACACCAUGUUUGGAGUUCAGUUUGCUGUCAGCAGUGGCCGCUGUACGAGAGGCGCAUUCAUGCUGCUUAUCAGGGUGAAGGAGGAUUUCAGAGAGCAACUUGGAUGCGACUAUGUCAUGAUCAUUGACACAGAAGGAUUGAAAUCCCCAGAGUUGGCCCAACUAGAUGAGAGUUAUGAGCAUGAUAAUGAGCUGGCCACUCUAGUGGUAGGCCUGAGUGACAUUACAGUCAUCAACAUAGCCAUGGAGAACUCAACAGAGAUGAAAGAUAUCUUGCAGAUAGUUGUUCAUGCGUUUCUGCGCAUGAAGGAAGUGGGGAAGAAGCCGUGCUGCCAGUUUGUGCACCAGAACGUGGCAGAUGUGUCGGCCCAUGAGAAAAACCUCAGAGACAGGAAGCUUCUUCUGGAGCAGCUGAAUGAGAUGACCCAGACGGCGGCCAAAAUGGAAAAUAAGGGAAGCAACAGAAAAUUUACAGACAUCAUGGAAUACAACCCAGAAAAGAAUAACUGGUACAUCCCUGGGCUCUGGCAUGGUAACCCUCCCAUGGCUCCGGUGAACGCAGGCUACAGUGAGUCUGUGAGCGACUUCAAGAGAAGCCUCAUUACUUCCUUCAAUGAGUGUCUGACCCCAACACACACAUUUGCUGAAUUCUUUGAAUGGACUAAGAGUUUAUGGAAGGCAGUGAAGUACGAGAACUUCAUCUUCAGCUUUCGCAACAGCCUGGUGGCUGAUGCCUAUUCUAAGCUUUGUACUGAGUUCAACAAGUGGGAGUGGGAGUUUAGGAAGCACCUGUACUUAUGGCUGUCACAAGCUGAGACUAAAGUGUCGAACUUUGGCAAAGUACAAACCGGAACUUCCCUCACUGCUGAGGAUUUACUGAGCGAGCUGAACGCAGAGUUAGCUGGUGAGCUCACUAAGCAAGAGAAGAUCAUUUUGGACAACAUUUCUGAGUAUUAUAAAAGAAAAGAAAACCACAUUUAUUUGGUGGAGAAGUACAGAGAGGAUUUUGUGAAUUCCGCCAAGACCCUGACAAGAGAGACACAGAAUUCUGUGAAAAACAAAGUAGAGGCAGCGAUGGAAAUCAAAAAGGGUAUGCUGAAGUUGGACACUGUCAGAAAGAAGCACACAGACACCAUGGAGAGGAAGGUUCUAGAGCUGAUUGACAGAUGCAGGGAAAUAAAAACUGAAAUGUCACCUGAACAGCUUCUGUUGGAAUUUGGAAAGAUGUGGGACGACACUGUGAAAGAGCUUUCUUUUGCCGGCCUACAGAGACGGGUUAUUGGUCAAGACAUUUACUGUCAAUUAAGGGCCAACUUAAAGAGAAAGGGAAGUCAUGUGCAUGAAAUACUGUCCCGGGUUUGCUUGGAUAACUGUGAUAAAGAACCUUUCAAAGUACAAAAUGAUGAUGGUUUUUUAAAGAGGGCCUACAAACGGUUCUUUGGGGAUGAGCAGAAGCGGAAGGCACAAGAACUGGCAGACCGUGUCAUCUGGAAGAGUCAGGAGUUUAUUACUGACAAAGUGAAAACCAAAACAGAUUAUCAUGACACUUACACCACACAGUUGUUGCGUUUGAUAGAUGACUUGCUGGAGAAGGAAAAGGAUGUGCAAACAAGCGAUAAAUUUGAGGUCUCUCUGAAGAUACACAUCUGUAGGUUUGCAGCAAGGGAAUUCCAGAAAAUGCAUGAUUUUUUUAUUGGAGUAAAUGACCCUCGGCGAUGCUUGGAGGACUUCAAGGACCAGUACUGCUCUGAUUUUAAGGACCUGUGUUACCAAAGAGACCAGUGUCAGAAGAAAGCUGAAGAGUUUGCCACCUACUGCCUUGCUCCUGCAAUCAAGGAAUAUGCUACCAAGUCUGUAGGCCCAGAUAUUGUGGAUGAAAUGUUGACAGGAGAGAAAUCAAUGAACUUCAGCACCCGCUCCUUCUUUCAAUUCUCUGUCCUCAAAGAACUGCUUUUGAAAAAUGAUUUUAAAUAUUUCCUUCAGUACACUCAACAGUAUGAGAAGUUUGUGAAAGACUGGAUUUUCCAGCAAAUAGUGGAGAACUUCUCAAAAAAUCACAAUAGGCUUUGCGACAUAGUUAUUGGUCAUCAAACCAAGAUUAUGAAGAAGAUAAAAGAUGCUGUCGAGGGUGAAACCACUGCCAGAGGUGGAAAGAGUGGGAAUAUUUGCCAUUUCAUUCAAGAAAUCUGCACAAAAUUUGGAAAGGAACUUGUCAUUCCCAAACCCGCCCUGGAUAAAUUUAUGGCCUUAAACAAUGCAGCUCCUGAGGAGUUUUCUAGAUUUCUUAUAUGCGUCAUGGAGGAAAUGGGAGAGAAGCUGAGGGCGGAGUUUGAACAGCAAAAGGAUGUGGAAUCAGUACUGACAGACCUACCCUUCAAGCCUGAGAAUGAGCUGUUCAGAAGGGUGUUUGGCUGUGGAAAGCUGUGUCCCUUCUGUAAAACUGCCUGUGAAGCAGGAGGUAAUGAUCAUUCAGAGCACUUUGCAUCCGUUCACCGACCUCAAGGUACCGGACGAUACAGAUUACUUCAGUCUGAAAAACUUGCCACUGAUGUGUGCUCAUCCGAUGUUGCCAGUGAAAGACAAUUCCGGUGCUUUGCAACGUCAUGGAAUUUUCACCCAUACAAAGAUUACCGGAAGUUUUUCCCUGACUGGCGCAUUCAGCCUGACACAAGCAUUGAGGCCUCAGACUACUGGAAGUAUGUCUUUGCUACAUUUAAUAAUCAGUUUGCUAAAGAAUUUAAUGCUAAACCUGCUGACAUACCAUCGAGCUGGAAAUCAAUACAGAAGAAUAAAGCCUUGAAAAGCCUGGAAGAAGCAUUUGGGUUGAAAAAGAAUAAUCCGAUUUGAUAGCUGGGAGACAACAUCAAAGCAAAAAACAUAUAAUUAGUAACAUGCAUGGAAAAAGUUGUCCUCCCACAAAAUAAAAAAGACUACCAUCUUUUUUGUACUUGUAUUGAAAAACAGAAUUCUUGCUGUGUCUAGUGCAUUAUUUACCACUAUUUGGGUUUGAAUUUGUUGGGUUUGAACACAAUUGUUUUUAAAUCUAAAUAUGUAGUAAUAAUUAGAAGUUUAUUGUAAUGAGAGUUUAAGAGAAUUCUUAUGUUAACAGCAUAAAUUUUAUUGGCAUGGUGUGUGGCUGUGCUAGUUGGAUCUCCAUGAUCAGAAGGUUGACGGUUCAGAACCUGUAGUUGGUAGUUAUUUGUACGUUGGGCCUGAAACCCAAACAGCUUCAUUACCUUGUGCUCCGACCCCCAGCUUUGCUCUUGCUUGUCUGUGUGUCUCAGAAGAGGAUGAUGUGAUUUACACAGACUGAUUUUCUCCCUGUACAGUGACUAUAAAUGCAUUCAGUUCUAAAUGUUCUUGUGUUUCUAUUUGCCUUCCUGAUUUCCCUCCAAAAAUUAUCUUUUUUUUUCCAAGUAAAGACAACCAUAGACAAAGAUCAUAACAAUGUCAGAAUAGUCCUGUUAGGUUCUUGUUUUUUGAAAUUGCAUAGCUCUUACUGUGAUACUACUUAGACUUGUUGAUUAUUCAUCAGAAGCUCAGCCUAGCUGUAUUUAAACCUAGUUGAUUCCUUUAACUGUGUUUGUGAUGUACUGCCUCACUUGUACAUCAUUUUCUGAUAAAAACAUCUGCUAAAUAAAUGUAUGUGAAUGUAUAA